AAGGGUAGGCAGGAGUUGGGUGUGGGGGUGCCACGGCGUGGUUCCUCAUGCAGGGCUUGGGGUGCCUGCCGUCAGCCCGCAGCUUGGCCCCAGCCACUGCCAGUACCACUGCUUUAGCAUCUCCUUCCCCGCCGUGGACCUUCCCCCCACUGGCUGCUCCUAAGCCUGGGUUUCCCGGGGUGAGCCCACCCCCAGGCCUGGGGGCAGGGCCUGGGUUGGGGGGAGGCCAGGACAGGGCAGGUCUGAGGUGCUGUCCUCCUUCCGUAGGCCUCUCCCUGGAACGCCUGCCCAACUCCAUCGCUUCCCGCCACCGCCUGACCGAGAGGGAGGAGGAAGUGAUCACCUGCUUCGAAAGGGCCUCCUGGAUCGCUCAGGUGUUCCUGCAGGAGUUGGAGAAGAUCACAAAUAACACCACAUCACGGCAUCUGAAAGGCUCUCACCCAGUCGACUAUGAGCUCACCUACUUCCUGGAAGCAGCCCUCCAGAGCGCGUAUGUGACAAACCUGAAGAAGGGGAACAUCGUGAAAGGGAUGAGAGAGCUCCGGGAGGUCCUACGCACCGUGGAGACCAAAGCAACUCAGAACUUCAAAGUGAUGGCGGCCAAGCAUCUGGCCGGGGUCCUGCUACAUUCCUUGAGUGAGGAGUGCUACUGGAGCCCCCUGUCCCACCCGCUGCCUGAGUUCAUGAGCAAGGAGGAGAACACCUUCAUCACGCAGGCCCUGCGGAAACCUCACCUGUACGAAGGAGACAACCUCUACUGCCCGAAGGAUAACAUAGAGGAAGCCCUCCUGCUGCUGCUCAUCAGUGAGUCCAUGGCUACUCGGGACGUGGUGCUGAGCCGGGCCCCGGAGCAGGAGGAGGACCGGGCGGUGAGCCUGCGGAAUGCUGCGGCCAUCUAUGACCUCCUGAGCAUCACGCUGGGCAGGAGGGGCCAGUACGUCAUGCUCUCCGAGUGCCUGGAACGAGCCAUGAAGUUUGCGUUUGAAGAAUUUCACCUUUGGUACCAAGUGGCCCUCUCCAUGGUGGCUUGUGGGAAGUCAGCCUACGCCGUGUCACUGCUGCGGGAAUGCAUGAAGCUUCGACCCUCGGACCCCACCGUGCCCCUGAUGGCCGCCAAGGUCUGCAUUGGGUCCCUGCACUGGCUGGAGGAGGCAGAGCGCUUUGCCAUGACAGUGAUCGACCUCGGGGAGGAAGCUGGGGAGUUCCUUGCCAAGGGUUACCUGGCACUGGGCCUCACAUACAGCCUGCAGGCCACUGACGCGACUCUGAAAUCCAAGCAAGAUGAGUUGCACCGGAAAGCACUGCAGACUCUGGAGAGAGCCCAGCAGCUGGCGCCCGAGGACCCCCAGGUCAUCCUCUAUGUCUCCCUGCAGCUGGCCCUCGUCCGCCAGAUCUCCAGCGCCAUGGAGCAGCUGCAGGAGGCCCUGAAAUUGUGCAGGGAUGAUGCCAGCGCCCUCCACCUGCUGGCGCUCCUCUUCUCGGCCCAGAAGCACUACCAGCACGCCCUGGACGUCAUCAACAUGGCCAUCACAGAGUAUCCCGAGAGCUUCAACCUGAUGUUCACCAAGGUGAAGCUGGUGCAGGUGCUGAAAGGCCCGGAGGAAGCCCUCGUGACCUGCAGACAAAUGCUGCGGCUGUGGCAGACCCUGUACAGCUUCUCCCAGAUGGGAGGCCUGGAAAAGGAUGGGAGCCUCGGCGAGGGCGUCCCCCUGAAGAAGCAGAGUGGCAUGCACCUGACUCUGCCCGAUGCCCAUGACGCAGACUCCGGCUCUCGGCGGGCAUCAUCCAUCGCAGCCUCCCGGCUGGAGGAGGCCAUGUCAGAGCUGACUGUGCCCAGCUCCGUCCUGAAGCAGGGCCCCAUGCAGCUGUGGACCACGCUGGAACAGAUCUGGCUCCAGGCUGCUGAGCUGUUCAUGGAGCAGCAACACCUCAAGGAGGCAGGCUUCUGCAUCCAGGAGGCGGCGGGCCUCUUCCCCACGUCGCACUCUGUACUCUACAUGCGGGGCCGACUCGCCGAGAUGAAGGGCAGUUUGGAGGAGGCCAAGCAGCUGUACAAGGAAGCGCUCACGGUGAACCCCGACGGCGUGCGCAUCAUGCACAGCCUGGGUCUGAUGCUGAGUCGGCUGGGCCACAAGAGUCUGGCCCAGAAGGUGCUGCGGGACGCCGUGGAGAGACAGAGCACCUGCCACGAGGCCUGGCAGGGCCUGGGCGAGGUGCUGCAGGCCCAGGGCCAGAGCGAGGCUGCCGUUGACUGCUUCCUCACUGCCCUCGAGCUGGAGGCCAGCAGCCCGGUGCUGCCCUUCUCCAUCAUCCCCAGAGAGCUGUGA